UCCUACCCAGCAGGCUUUGGGGGCUCAGCGACUCUUAUUUCUAUUUAUUUUUUGUUUUCCAAUUUUUGAUUCAAAAUUGAAAAAAUUAACUAUCAUGUUGGUAACAUGCCCGACGGAAGAUCCGGUGGAAAUGCUGAUCGAGGAGCUAAAGAAGCACCACAUCGUUCCCCGUCUUCUUCCCUGCAUGCCAUCGAAGUUGAUCAAUGUCCUGUAUCCCUGUGACCUCAUAGUUGUUCCGGGCGCAAAAAUCGUGAUCGAUGAGGUGGUCACCGAACCAAUCAUACGUUUCAUUGCCAAUCCGGAGAAGUUCCAUACGCUGAUGAUGGUCGAUCUGGAUGUGUCGCCGGAUAGCGAGUGGCUACUGUGGCUGGUGGGCAACUUUCGGGGCUGCGAUGUGGUUUUGGGCCAGACGAUAGUGGGCUAUGACAAUCGGCGGCAUGCGGAGGGUCCAAAUAUUCAUCGGGUCGUUUUCCUCGCCUACCAACAGAUCCUAGAGCUGGACUUUGAUGAGCCCUACAUACCCGCGGGCGAGAAUGAGGGUCGGGGUGGAUUCAAUUGCAAUCGAUUUGCCCGAAAAUAUGCCUUGGGGAAUCCCCGUGCCUGCAAUUUCUUCUUAAACGAAUGGGAGAUCCGAUGGACGCCCGAAUUUUUGGAUAAUAACUUACCACAACUGACGGACAAAUAAUUUGCGUUUAAAAUAUCAUCUCUUGCCCAGAAUAUAUAGUUUUUAUCAUUAAAGUAUCCUUUAAUUUA